AUGCGGCCCCGCCGCCUCCUGCCGCCGCUGCCGCUGCUGCUGCUGCUGCUGGCCGCGGGCGGGCGGCGGGCGCGGGAGGUGCUGCUGAAGGUGCAGGUGUAUGAGAGUGGGACGCUGGCCCCGCUGGCCCAGGCCACCCUGGAGGUCUUCGGCAACCGCAGCUCACUGGCAGCUGGCACCACCGACCACGAGGGCAGCGGCGUCCUGCCCGUGCCCUACCGCCUGGGCACCUGGGUGCUGGUCACCGCCGCCCGCCGCGGCUACGUCCCUGCCUCCGUGCCCUGGCGAGUCACCAAGCUGCCACUCUACGCCUCGGUCAGCCUCUACCUGCUCCCGGAGCGCCCUGCCACCCUCAUCCUCUACGAGGACCUGGUGCAGAUCCUCCUGGGAUCCCCAGGUGCCAAGGGCCAGCCGUGGGCACAGUUCCCGCGGCGGGCAGCUCGGCUCCCCCGCAGCUCGACCUACAGCCAGCUGGCCGCGACCCUCACCGCCGCCACCGGCCCCGGCCUGGCCCGAGCCUUCCCUGCCUUCCUCGGGGCCGAGCCGGACAGCAGCGCCAAUGCCACCUGGCUGGAGCUGGCACCAGUGGCAGCUCUCAGCGUCCAUCUCUUCACCGGCAACGGGACCGAGGUGCCGCUGGCCGGCCCUGUCCAUCUGUCUGUCCCCUUGGCCCCCGACGCCGUGCCCUUGGUGGCCACCAGCGUGCCAGCCUGGAGGUUUGACCCCAAGAGCGGGCUGUGGGUGCGGAACGGGACGGGGCUGAUCCGGAAGGAGGGCCGGCAGCUCUACUGGACCUUCGUCUCCUCCCAGCUGGGAUACUGGGCAGCAGCUCUUCCCUCUCCCAACACAGGGCUGGUGGCCAUGGCAGCGGGCGUGGCGGACAUCACCACCUACCACACCAUCUUCCUGCUCACCAUCCUGGGUGCCCUGGCCCUGCUCGUCCUCAUCCUCCUCUGCCUCCUCAUCUACUACUGCAGGCGCCGGUGCCUGAAGCCGCGUGCCCAGCACCGCAAGCUGCCACUGCCCGGGCCGCUGGAUGCUGCCCGCCGUGACCAGGCCACCUCCGUGUCCCAGCUGGACCUCCUCUGCGGUGGCAGCCACCUGGAGACAGCCUCCUCGGGGGGGGACACCGACCUGCCCACCCCCGGCUUGCCCCCUUCCACCCGCGACCUGCCCACGGUCCGGCCGGACUUCUUCCAGCCGCCGGCACCGCCCCAGCUCCGGACCGGCCCCCGGACCCCUGCCGCCACCCUGGCCCCCCGCCGCCGCCAGCCCCCUGCUCCGGAGGACUAUGGGCGUCCCGGCGAAGCCUUCGGCCUCAGGGCUGCCCGCUCAGUGGAUGGGCUGCAGCCGCCAGAUGAGCACCCCCGGGGGACCCCCGUGUUCCCCCCCCGGCCCCCCUCGCCCACGGUGUUUGCCCGUUAUGGGGGGCAGCCAAACGAGCACCCGCUGCCUGAACCCCCCCCUCGCCCACCCUCGCUGGCCCCCACGGGUCCCCUCCUCCUCUGCGGCCCCUUGGACCGGGGUGGGGGACCGGAGGACGUGUACCGGGGGGUGAUGCCCACCCUCCUCAUCCCCGCCCGUUACAUGCGCCUGGCCCCCGGGGAACCGGAGGGACCCUCCGAAAACGAUGUGGGAGGGGGACCCGGUUCCGCCAUGGUGGCGACGGCCACCCCCCAGCCCCCCCAAUCCUCUGGGCAACCAUUCGAGGAAGGGGAAAACUGGGGGGGCGCCGCCCGCGCCCCGCAGCCGGUGAGCGGCUCGGUGGCCAUCCCGGUGCUGCUGGACGGGUCGGCGGUGGCGCAGCUGAACGGGGAGCUGCAGGCGCUGGCGGGGCAGCAGCUGCUGGAACUGGGGGGUCCCCCCCCGCCCCGAGCCUGGUUCGUGUCCCUGGACGGGCGCUCUUCGCAGGUCCGCCACUCCUACAUCGACCUGCAAGGAGAGAGGGGCCCCGGGCCCGCGCCCCCCGCCCGCCUCCCGCGGCCGGCCGCAGCUAGCGGCGGCGAGGACGGCGGAACCAGACCCCCCCUGCCCGUGGCCUCCCCCGAGGACAGCUCGCUGGCCCCCUUGCUGGAGGCGGGCAGCGGGGGGCGGAGAGGAGGGGGCAGUGGGCGCAGCAGCGCCAGCGAAGCCCCCCGGGACUCCCUGACCAGCCCCGAGGAGGAAGCGAUGGCCGAGGUGGGCGACGGAGCCGAGGACGGCGGCGAUCGGAAAAGCCCCUGGCAGAAGCGGGAGGAGCGGCCGCUGAUGGUCUUCAACGUCAAGACAGGGGGGGCUGGCACUGCCCCCCGGGCCAGUGGUGCCUCCAAACUGCCAUAG